CCCCGCGCCGGCGGCUUCUCCGCCCCGGCGGCCCUGCUCAGUGCGCCGGUUGCCCCCCUGGCGGCUUCUCCGCCCUGGCGGCCCAGCCUCUCUUCCCCGCGGGUGCUCCCCUCCCGUGGCCGCGUCUGCUCGCAGCCUGGCGGCAGCAGCGCUGCCUCUGUUCUUCCCUCCCCUCUCUGUCUCUCAUUUGUAAAAAAAAAACAGAGCAGAGAGAAAUUGUGGGAGUUACACCAUGGCUUCUCUUGGCCGACCAGGUGCCGUACCCAUUCUUCGGUGCCCUGUUGUCUUUAAUGGCAACAAUUGGGGCGAGUUUUCCUUCCACAUGGAGAUCCACAUGGGCGGCCAGCAGCUAUGGGGCUACCUCACGGGUGAGCGGCCUUGCCCACCCACCCCGAUUGCGCCCACUCCACCGACCUAUGCCCUAGAUGCUCCCGAUAAGGUCAAGAAGCCUCUCCUCGACGCGUUUGAGGCUGCUUUGGAGGUGUACCAGUCAGACCGUGACAACCAGGCAGUCUGGCUACGUGAGGAGGCAUGUGCCAAGGCUAUCCUGUUUGCGAGCAUGGAGGUUGACAUUUCCAUGUCCCUUCAUGGUCUCUCCACUUCCCACCUGAUGUGGGCUCACCUUCGGCGCUGUUAUGAGAUCCGCAACGAGGCGUUGUACCUUGCGGUCGUCGAGGAGGCUCAGUCGCUUCGCCAGCACGACUCCACCGUGGAGGAGUUCCACCGUUAGAUGUCCGCCGUCUGGCAUCGUCUGGACGUCCUA